UCAUGAAAAGUACUUGUACUCCAGCUCUCGCGCACUCUCUCUCUCUCUUUCUCAAACACAUGCACGCACGCUUUCCUCUUCCACUCCUCCUCUCCGCUGCGCUUGUCGUGUGAAGAGUAUCCGACUGCUCCCAUAAGCCCUAUAUAUUACUAGCGCAGCAAGCUUUACCUUCAAUGAAAGCAGAGAAGAGGAGCGAUUGGCUGCGAACAUCAUCGCCGAGACACAAAACAGAGAAUCAAGCCUGACCCUCAUUAUAGCCGCGGAACAUUUAUCCCCCUCAAGGAGUGAUAUUUGCUGCAUGAACGUCGAUCUUUGGAAACGUGCAUUUUGGACCACCAAACUGGCACCUUGUUUGAGUUCUCUCUGCUUAAUUUUUGGAGGGUAACUGCGUCCAUGUGAUGCUAUCCCUCUCAAGAGACAAGAGUUUGGAAACGCUUUUAGCGCUGAUAAUAUACUACUACACCUAGAUCACCUUUACCAGUCCUGUACCUCCAGCAUGGAUCGCUGUCAACGACUAUUUAUCCUCCUGUUGGGAUGGGGUUAUCUGUGCUGUGGAUACAGUGCUGUGCUCAAAACACCCUUCAUGGCUUUCUCAAAAGAUGUGGGAUUUGGACAAAAAGCGGGAGCGCAAGAUAAGCAGCAUGUGAAGAAAACCGAGCAGGACACACUGUCAGAGCACAUGCAGAUGCUCUACACCAAAUACAACAGCGCGGGAUUCCUUCUCAAAGAUGGAAACACUGUGCGCAGCUUUAAAGGACAAUUGGGCAAAGUCAACAAUAAGCAGCUACAAAUCUUCAACCUCACUUCCCUCACCAAGUCAGAGGAUGUUCUCUCAGCGACCCUGCACUACUACAUUGGUGACCUGCAGAACAGCAGCAACAGAUGCACGAGAUUUAAGAGCUGUGCUAACCAUAACCUCAGAAGACAAGGGCACAUACACCUGAAUAUCUGGAGCUUCAGCUUUGUGGAGAACAUCACCAGAACAAUUGGCCAUUUCUCCAUAAACAUUUCCACAAUGUACCAGGACUUCAUAUCGUGGCAGUGGAAAGACAUUACUCGUGUGGUCAGUCAAGCCAAGCAUUAUGACCAGCUUCUUAUAGGCAUUGACAUUGAAGGACGCCAACCUUGGAAGAAGCUCUUGUCAGAUAGGUCUCCUUAUAUUCUGGUCUACGCCAAUGACUCGGCUAUCUCAGAACCUGAGAGUGUUGUAUCCACUCUGCAGAGAAACAAGAGUAGACUGGUGCCAAAUCUUCAUUUGCUUGAAAUGCAUAAUCGCAGUACCUCCACGCAACAUCGGCCCAGGCGGUCAGCCAACAUCCUACUGCCACUGCAGAACAAUGAGCUUCCAGGCCCAGAGUACCCUUAUGAGAUUGGGACUUGGGAUGAAACCAGCCUUUAUGAUCCAACGGAGAGCAAGCCAGUCAAGCGCCCUCGUAAGAAGCCUCGCAAGAACCCACGGCAUAAAAAUCCACUGCUGCAAUUUGAUGAGCAGACCAUAAAGAAAGCACGUAAGAAGCAAUGGAACGAGCCCAGGAACUGUGCUCGCAGAUAUUUGAAGGUCGAUUUUGCAGAUAUUGGCUGGAGUGAGUGGAUUAUCUCCCCCAAGUCGUUUGAUGCAUACUACUGCUCGGGGUCUUGUCAGUUCCCCAUGCCAAAGUCUUUGAAACCUUCAAACCAUGCCACCAUUCAGAGCAUUGUGCGGGCGGUCGGUGUUGUCCCUGGCAUCCCAGAGCCCUGCUGUGUACCGGAGAAGAUGUCUUCCCUCAGUAUCCUCUUCUUUGAUGAAGACAAGAACGUGGUCCUCAAGGUCUACCCCAAUAUGACAGUGGACUCCUGCGCCUGCCGGUAAAAAGUUUCGGUCUUUUCCACCAGCCUCCCACCCCUAAACCCAAUUUUUGCACUGGAAGAAAGACUACAUCCCAGUAGCUGACUGAAGAUAUUAAUUUUAUAACCCUUGAAGAACUAUCUUUAGCUUUGAGGAUUGUGAAGACCGAAGUGCUUUUCCAGAAGGAACUCAUUACUCUUAGCAGGAGGCUUCAUUUUAACAGUCUCAAACAAGCAGCUUCUUCAUCAGGAUGUUCUCACAAAUGAUAACCUCAAGCUUAAUCAGCAAUUAAGCAUCCAGGGGACGAACAUUAGCUGUCAUCCAUCAUGAAUCUGAUUCUGUACAGUUUGUAUAAUCUGACAUUAUAAUAGCUAUAUUUUUGCUACAGGGGCAUUGAUUGACUCUCAAUGUCCAUAUUCAAUGGCUGCUAUAAAGAGGUAUACUUUACUCCAGAGCCCAGGUGUGGUGAAAAGUGUACUUCUGGAAAGAAAGAAAAGGAACUAGUUUAGUUACGGUUUUCAAAAUUUCAAAUGAUAUUAAAAUGAUAAUAUAACUACAAUACAUAUUCAGUUUUCCACAUUAUGCUAAAAAUGGUGUUUGAUAUCUGAGUGACCAUGUUUUGAAUGUCUUCAACUUUCAUAAAACAAGAAAAUAUUUAUUUUCUCAAUCAAAGAAUGUGCAGAUUGUAAGUCUGCAUCUCAUACUGUUACAUCACAUUUUAUAAAAAUGUUUUUAAAUCAGGCUUCUUUUUUUUUUUUUUACAGAUACCUUGCAUUUGUAAAUAUAUUUUCAAUGUAGUUAUGCAGUUAUGUUUCCGUCUGACCUGUUAAUAAAUGUUGCAAUAAAAAUAAUAAUAAAAGCUGAUCUACACUGAUCAGCCACAACAUUAAACAUUGAUUAUCUCGUUACAAUGGCACCUGUCAAGGGGUGUGAUAUAUUAGGCAGCAAGUGAACAGUCAGUUCUUGAAUUCAUGUGUUGGAAGCAGGAAAAAUGGGCAAGCGUAAGGAUCUGAGUGACUUUGACAUAUUGUGAUGGCAAGACGACUGGGUCAGAGCAUCUCCAAAACUGCUGGUCUUGUGGGGUGUUCCCAGUAUGCAGUGGUUUGUACCUACCAAAAGUGGUCCAAGGAAGGACAACCGGUGAACUGGUGACAGGGUCAUGGGCGCCCAAGGCUCAAUUAUGCGUGUGGGGAGCGAAGGCUAGCCCAUCUGGUCCGGUCCCACAGAAGAGCUACUGUAGCACAAAUUGCUGAAAAACUUAAUACUGGCCAUGAUCGAAAGAUGUCAGAACACACAGUGCAUUACAGCUUGCUGCGUAUGGGGCUGGGUAGCCUCAGACUGGUCGGAGUGCCCAUGCUGACCCCGUCCUCCGCCGAAAGUGCCUACAAUGGGCACGUGAGCAUCAGAACUGGACCAUGGAGCAAUAGAAGAAGGUGACCUAGCCUGAUAAAUCACAUUUUCUUUUAGAUCACGUGGACGACCGGGUGCGUGUGCAUCAUUUACCUGGGGAAGAGAUGGCAGCAGGAUGCACUAUGGGAAGAAGGCAGGCCGGAGGAGGCAGUGUGAUGCUCUGGGCAAUGUUCUGGUGGGAAAUCUUGGGUCCUGGCAUUUGUGUGGAUGUUACUUUGACACGUACCACCUACCUAAAGAUUGUUGCAGACCACAUACACCCCUUCAUGGCAAUGGUAUUCCCUGAUGGCAGUGGCCUCAUUCAGUAGGACAAUGCGCCCAGCCACACUGCAAAAAUUGUUCAGGAAUGGUUUGAGGAACAUGACAAAGAGUUCAAGGUGUUGACUUGGCCUCCAAAUUCCCCAGAUCUCAAUCCGAUUGAUCAUCUAUGGGAUGUGCUGGACCAACAAGUCCAAUCCAUGGAGGCCCCACCUUGCAACAUACAGGACUUAAAGGAUCUGCUGCUAACGUCUUGGUGCCAGAUACCACAGGACACCUUCAGAGGUCUUGUGCAGUCCAUGUCUUGACGGGUCAGAGCUGUUAUGGCGGCACAAGUGAAACCUACAUGAUAUUAGACAGAUGGUUUUAAUGUUGUGGCUGAUUGGUGUAUAUGUUGGCAUUCUGCCGCAAAUGUGUUUCAUGUGGAAAUAUAUCCUGUCAUUCAUCCACAACAUGUUACAGACUGCAACUAUGGCUGUUAAGAAACCACUAUUUUAACCAGGUUUCAGGUUUUUUAAUAUAAAUAUCAAGCAAAUUCUGAUAGACUUUAGUUAUUCCUUGAAAAUAAAUGCAGGGAUAGGAUGUGAAUUUGGAUUAUUGUUUGAGAUAUAAAAAAAAAAAAAAAAAUUGGGUUUUUACCAUCAAGGUCAUACUCAUUUGCAAAUAUGCAAAUCAAAAAUGCAAAAAUCUUAAGACAAGAAAUGUCAACUUAUGAGCAACAUUUCAAAUAACAUGUUAAGAAAGAUGAUUUUUUAUGUCAAUUGUAUUUAGCCAUUAUCUCUUUAAACAACAGUGCCUUUAUAAAGUACCUUACCACAUAAAAAAAAAAAAAAGUUGUUUGAUAAUAAAGGUAUUCCAUAAACAAGCAGGUAUAUUCAUUAAAUAAGAUAAAUGAACAUUAUAAUAUUUACAUUUCACAAAGAUGAGUGUUACAUAUGAUGUCAUAAGGGAAUGAAAUAGCAGUGCCAUAUUGUCUUUUUUGGUGAAUUUUUAUUUUAUUUUAUUUUUUACUGAAUUGAUUUAUUUCGAUAUAAAUGUGAUAUUUUGUUUUGAGAACAAUGUUUGUGUAAACAUUUUGUACUGUUUUUACUUCUACUUUGAAAUUAGCAUAGAGCUAAGGCAAUGACAUAUCAUGAAGCUGCAUGUUCAUAAAUGGGGUGUGUUCCAGUUGGAUUUUCCUUGUUAUUCUUAAUGUAUAUUAAACCUAUGAACAAUAGAAAAAAUGUAUACAUAUAUGUAAAAGUGGGCUAUUAUCUUAAUAUAUAACACAUCAAUUCCGAAAAAGACACACAGUAUGUAAAGCACUCCUUUAGCAUUUGUGUAAUAUAUAUAUUUUUGGAAGGCUUCCAUCACACUGUGUGUUUUGUAAAUGUUAUGCUGUAGGUGAAAGGAUGUGCUUGUACGAUAAGCUUUAUAAGAAAAUAUAUUUGUAUAUGGAAAUGACCUUUAAAAGCAUUUAUUUAUUUUCUUUAUAAUGCAUUCUGUAUCUUGUUAUAUUGUGAGGCAAGGGGUCCGUCAUUAAAUAUUGAUUCAGAGCUUUGCUGCAGAAAGGUUAGACAUGUGUACAAAAGGAAGCAAUCACAUGACUUGUGUCAAAUUAGUUAGAAUGCUUAUUUUUUAACCAGAUCUCCCUAGUUACAGGACUCCCUAUUGACAGACCAAGGAAAACUCAAUAAAGUUGGAUAAUUUGAAGAAUGA